AUUUUCAUGACUAACAUAUCUUACAAAAGCGGUUUCUCAGCUAUCUUUAGCCAGACUUCACGAAACACGAUAUGAUAACUUGAAGAAAGCAGUUUCACAUAUAAAAACAGCCUUCCGGUAGCAGCUGACGGAUUUACUUGUAGUAGUCUAGUCAGGAGAACAAGAAUUCAGUUUCCACUUCUGGAACAAAUUUACAUUUGGAUGAGAAAGUAAUUUUCUUGGACAUACUGUCAGAAAAUGGAAAAAUCAUGCUGUGGGUUAUUUAUUGCCGAAUCAAAUAAACCGAUUCCGCUGACCGCUGUUCAUUACGAUGUGGAUGUGAAAGGAUUUGCCGGUUCCAUCACUAUUAACCAGACAUUCCAGAACGUCGAAUCCACGGAUCUGGAAUGCGUGUACGGAUUCCCGAUGAACGACCAAGCCGCUGUCACAGGAUUUACAGUGAAGAUCGACGACCGCACACUGAUCAGUCAGUUCAAGAAGAAGGAGGAAGCCUUCAAGGAAUACAACGCCGCGCUGCAACGCGGAGACGGCGCGUAUCUUCUGGACCAGGCGGAUCGCAGCGACGACACCUUCGUGCUGAGUGUGGGCAGACUGCCGCCCGGGAAGGAGUGCGUGGUUAGCAUCAAUUACGUCUGCACAUUGGACAGCGUCAGCGAGACGAAGCAGCGACUCCUCAUUCCCAUGGCGCUCUUCCCGAGAUACAAUCCCAAUCCGGAAAGCACGAGUGGGACAACUGCGCCGCCGGAAAAAUAUGCUGCAACGGUGUCGUAUAAAGCGACGCUGGAUGCCAAAAUUGAAACGCUGGAUAUAGUAAAGUCAGUUUCUUCUGUAUCGCAUCCGAUUGCUGUUAACAUUACUGGAGAGAGAUCCGUUCAGGUCACUUUCGGUGCGCAGCAGCAACCAGUUGACCGUGAUUUGGUAAUCGAUAUUGAGAUCCAGAAUAAUCCUCAACAUUACGUUUUCGUGGAGCGCGUCGACGGUGAUCAGUAUGUUGGGAUGUACGCGUUUGUCCCGCAGUUCGAAAAAGAUGACCAAAAAGUGCAAAGUGAACUGGUCUUUGUCGUGGACUGCUCCGGAUCGAUGGAAGGAGAUAAAAUCGAAGACGCGAAACGAGCGAUGCAAAUUUUUCUGCGAAGCAUUCCGGAGGGUUGUUAUUUCAACUUUUACCGAUUCGGUAGCACUUUUGAAUCUCUGUUUCCUGAAAGCAAACUUUACUCUGAGGAAACGUUCAAAGCUGCAAAAAGCUAUGCUGAUGCCACAGCUGCCAAUUUGGGAGGAACAGAAAUCUUGCAACCACUGAAGAAGAUAUUUGAAACCGCCCCUCUUUCCGGAUACUCCCGCCAGUUAUUUGUUUUGACCGACGGAGAAGUCAGCAACACAGAACAAGUUAUCGAUCUGGUCAAGAAAAAUGCGUCGAAUUCCAGAGUGUUCUCAUUCGGCAUCGGCGACAGCUGCAGUCGCUCAUUGGUCAACGGAAUCGCGUUGGCCGGCAACGGGAAAUCAGAGUAUUGCAAACAUGGAGAAAUAUUGGAAGACAAAAUCGGCCGCCAUCUGGAACGAGCGUUGCAGCCUGCCGUUGUACAAGCGAGUGUUUUGUGGGAAGGAGUGAAGAACGUGCAACAAGUGCCGUAUGUGCUACCGCCUGUUUUCCGAGGUGACCGGCAAAUCGCUUUCGCAUUCUUCGAAAUUGGAGAGAUAGAGCAGAGUCCAAAAGUUGUACUACAACUAAAUGACAAAUUGAAGGGUCAAGCAACUGUUAAGUAUCCCAUGAGUUCUGACAAAAAUCAAGGCAUUUCCAAAUUGGCAGCGAGAGCUUUGAUUAAGUAUCUGGAAACCGCUCCAACUGGAACAGCUUCUCUCGGUGGCAGUGGGUCGUUACAAAAGCGAAAUGUGGAGUUGCCUGACUCGAAGAAGGAAGAAACUGAUACGGACAACAAAAAUGCGAUAACGGACAUUUCUUUGAAAUAUGGUGUAAUGUCCAAGUAUGUUUCGCUCUUGGCGAUUGAAAAGCGAGUAGGUGGACAAGCAAAAGAGAUGCAGUUACGAGAGAUUCCUGUACAGGUGUCCACGCCGAUGCUUCAUAGGCCGAUGCCGAUGUACGGAAUGAGGAUGGCGCGGAUGGCUUGCGCCGCACCUCUUAUGGGUAUGCCAUCCGGCGCUGCUUUUAGGGCGAAAAAAGGAUCUGGAAAUUCGUAUAGAGGACGGGCGGCGAUUCAAGCUGACGCAUGCAUGAGCAUGGAUGCAGACUGCGAUGCAAUGGAAUGCGAAGAAGAAGCAGCAGUUUGCGAAAGCAUGAACGAAGGAGCAGUUGUCAAGAAAAAAUCACGACGUCGCAACGAUGAGUCGAAAGGUGAGGAUGCAGACAUGAUCGAUUCCACUCAAAAGCCGGUUCUAAAUCAAGUGUUAGAUCUGCAACAGUGGAAUGGCAGCUGGGAAUUUUCAGGAAAUUUGGAAAAUAUUCUGGGCGUUACUAAGGGCGUUGCAGAACAGAAAGCCGGGGAAAAGCUGGAUCCAGUUGUCUUGGCUACACUGCUGGUGGUGGCCUAUCUGAAUGCCAAACAUGCCGGUCAAGUGCAGGUUUGGCAAGCCAUUGUUAACAAAGCAUUGACGUUCGUCCGGAAGCAGAUUACUACCGACCAAGAAAGCACUGUACUUAACAAUUUCAAGUCUUUGUUUUAAAAAGAUACUGAACCUAGAAGCUUUAUAUGUCUACUGGUUUUCUGACAUUUCCUUUUCCUAGAGUAAUUUUCGUUUUGUACUGACGAAUUACAGAUUUUGCUUAUAUUCAAAAUAUAAUUACAGCAACGCAUAAAAAUUCAAAACAAUUGAGUACAAGUUAUUAAAUAUUUUGGUUUA